AUGGGCUUUGAUGGCUCCCCUGGAGAGCCCGGAAUCAUGGGUUUAAAAGGGAAUAAAGGAGAUGUUGGCACACCUGGCGAGAAAGGCGAGAACGGUCCACCAGGUGAGGAGGGGCCUCGGGGAAAGUCUGGGGAGCCGGGGGAUCAAGGAGAUCAUGGACAACCGGGUCUCCAAGGUGGCCCAGGGGAGCCAGGCCCGCAGGGGCCUAGGGGAAAGCCAGGCUCACGUGGCCAGCAAGGAAGAAAAGGGGAGAUAGGAGAAAUAGGCCAAGUUGGGCCAAUGGGAUCCACGGGACCACAGGGACCACAGGGACCUGAGGGUGUCGCGGGGCCUAGGGGCAUGCCGGGGCUUGCUGGUGAAAUGGGACUUAAAGGCUUUGCAGGACCUCCAGGACCAGAUGGAUUGCCGGGAAUGACAGGU